GGAAGAGAGAAGCAGAGAGCAUCAGAGACGAGUCUGCUUCCAGCACCCGCCUGUCGGAUCUCCCUAAACAGAGCUUUAGGGCUGCUGUUGCUGACUGGCGAGAGGAUCCUCCCGGAGCACACACCAGAGUUCCAGCACUGUCACACACGAAUGAAGGUCUGACCAGUUUCACUCUGGACCUGACACAACACCCAUGAAACCCUGCCAACACUGGCAUAUCUUCUCAUUAAGAUGGGAAAUGCCUCUGAAAUAUUUCUGUUCGUGUCCAGAAUAUCGAAAGACAAUGACUUCAUCAUGGGAACACUCUACACGAUUUUUGGUAUAUUGUCCAUUCUGGGGAAUGGGAUCCUGCUGUUUGUGGCCUAUAGAAAGAAGUCCUCCCUAAAGCCAGCAGAGUUCUUUGUCGUAAAUCUGGCAAUCAGUGAUUUAAGCAUGACUACAACUCUUUUUCCACUGGCCAUUCCUUCAGCCUAUGCUCACAUGUGGUUAUUCAACCUGACAACAUGCACUGCAUAUGCCUUUUGUGGGGUUCUGUUUGGCCUCUGUAGUCUGUCCAACCUCACGGUGCUCUCUUGUGUUUGCUGGCUCAAGGUCUGCUGUCCAAACUAUGGCAACAAAUUCUCCUACUGCCAUGCCUACCUGCUCGUAGCAGGCAUCUGGUGCUACGCUGGAGUGUUUGCCGUGGGUCCACUGUCAGGUUGGGGAGAGUAUGGGGCUGAACCUUAUGGAACAGCAUGCUGCAUCAACUGGCAUGCUCCCAACUACAGUUCGGCAGCCAUGAGCUACAUCAUUUGUCUCUUCUUCUUCUGCUACAUUGUACCCUGCACUGUGAUUUUUCUGUCCUACACCUUCAUUUUGGUGACUGUGCGAGGCUCUCGGCAGGCUGUGCAGCAACAUAUGUCUCCGCAGAACAAGAUUACAAAUGCACACACACUUAUUGUCAAGCUCUCUGUGGCAGUUUGCAUCGGUUUCCUGACAGCAUGGAGUCCAUAUGCAAUUGUUUCCAUGUGGGCAGCAUUUGGUCACUCAACAGAUGUACCACCAAUGGCAUUUGCUCUGGCAGCCAUUUUUGCCAAAUCCUCCACUCUUUACAAUCCCAUCGUUUAUCUGGUCUUUAAACCCAACUUCCGCAAGUCAUUGUGUCGGGAUGUAGCUCACUGUAGAACCACUUUCUGUAGAUUUAUUUGUCAACACAGGAAGGGUACUUGCAGGCAAUCUCAUCAUAAUGAUGAAUGCAAUUCUACAAGGUUGUCCAAUGGGCUACCAGAGAACCAUCAGACCUGCAGACACUGUCCUUGCACUGAAAUGGUCACCGGUGCCAAGGAAAACUUCACAGAUGACAGCCCUCAGCAGACUGCAAGAAUACUUAAAGGAUCUGUGCUCACCGAGGUUGCUGUCAGUCAACUCUCCAAUGAGCUACAGAGUGACUUUCUCUAAAGAGAGAAGCUGCCAAAAGAUAGCUGCAAGGACAAAAGAUACAAAAGACUAAUUGCAUUCAAGGAAUUGUCAAAGGAUGAAGACUUAUUUACAGAUAAAAAAUAUGUUAUGGAUUUAGAGUCAGAACUUGUUUUAUGCCUCAAAUGUUUAAUACUGCCAAAAAAAAAAACAUAAACUAAAAAAGAAAUUAAAAGAUGAUCAUGCAGUAUGAUGCAAAAUACAGGAAACUAAGCAAACCAACCUAUACAGAGUUAAUUAUUUCUUUGUAAGGUUUGUCAGGUCAACUCAACAAACAGCAACUAUUUUAUUGCUCUGAACAAUCAGCACCAAGGAAACAAGACUGAAGCAAAAUCAAUUUACGCUGGAUUAAGGGGGAGGAACUGAUACAAAAACUUCUACUCCCUAAUCAACCCUUUAUGUGUUUUUACAAGUACUGUACUUUAUGAGAUCUUUGUAUUUAUUUAUGCAUGCCUCAAACUGAAGGACAACAGGGUUGCUGCUUUUGUCUAUCAUGAAAUGAGUAUGUCCUUUAUUGCUAUGCGAGAACAUUUUAAAGCCCUAAUUAACAUAAGCUUCUACAAUUUGUUUAAACUUGAAUUUUGUCUUUUAAAAGUACAUUCAUUGAAGAGACAACAGAGAAAUUAUGAAAAGUACGAGUUGAGAAAGCAUAUUGCCUAUAUAGAAAUUAACAUUUGAUUAAGAGAAUAGCCUUGGUGAUCGAAAUGACUCUAGAACAAAUUACAUGAAUAGUUUGUUGAGCAGCUCCUAUGGACCAAGAUAUGAACAAUUUCUCUCUGUUUCAUAGAAAAGUUUAUUCUUCUUUUGCAGCUUUUUUGUUUUUCCUUUUACUUAUUACAAUUGUUGAUAUAUUAUCUGAUUUUCUGAGACAAAAUCAAAACAAAAAUGCACAAUCAACAAAUUAUCAAAGUAGUAGUUGUCUCAUUCAAAAAAGAAAAAUGUUGGUAAUUAGUGUGAUAACUCAAUUCUGCUAUCCUUUUCCUUUUUGUAGUUGCAGAAAUUUUUUAAACGGAUGGAGUUUCAAGCAUCUAAAAUUUGUACCCAAAGAUAAUCCAGACUGGGUGAUGUUCAAAAUUCUUAUUUUGAAGUCUUGCUUGCUAGUUUUAUUGAUUGCCCCAAUCAGACAGGGAGGUCUUAGGUAUGAGAUGGUACCUUAGAAUAGAAAUGUUGGUUUGCCUCUGAUUAAGAGAGAGAUGUUAAAGAUAAUCAUAUAAAUUCCUAUUUUUAUUAGAGUAUGACCAAUUUAUUAUAACUUCAGACAUCGAAAAAUUAUGAAAAAAUACAAUUUCCCAAUAUUCUAACA